AUGGCCAAAACAAAAUGGAAUCUUCUUUUUGCUACUUUUGUGCUGUCCUGUCUAUCGCUUGCGACACUAAUCGUUUCACUGUGUACACCUUAUUGGGUGGUCUCUGAAGCACACGAAUCAAGAGCAUCCAAAAAUAGUGAGGUGCAGUAUGGUCUUUUCUCUGGAUCACUGACGAGAAACGUUCUACUCAGCCCAUCUUCCUUCGAUCUAACAGUUAUCUGCCUGUAUGAGCACAAUGUUUGUGUCUACAGUUGCCAGAAAGAAGAGGCCAAACGUGAAACGGAACUACUAGAUAUGAUGAAUGGUCGGACUCCAACGGAAUGUCCACUAGCCAAUACCAAGACAAUAUCAGCUACAAAGUCUGCUGACAUAGUGAUGGCAAAUUCUUCCAAGGUGGCUUUGAAGGAUGAAUUCAUCAACGCUGGAUUGUGGGUGACAACAGUCAUUUUUCUGGCACUUGCAACCGCCUUUUCCGGUGGUAGUGCUAGUUUUUCAAUCAUCAAUGUGCUGUUCAAUCCGGUGGAGCCUAUUUUCGGUGUGUUUGGGUUGUACAUCUGGAAUGGAAUCGUGAUCGGUGCCACUUUAAUAACAAUGAUUCUUUGGGGAGCUCUGUUCGGUACACAGCUGAGCAAUAAUAUUGGUAUUACGGAUACGCUGACACCAGUGGCACCGUAUAGUUCGACGGGUCUGGCAGCCCUUGGCGCUAGUUAUUGGAUCCUAUUCUUACCGAUGCUUCUUCACGGGGCCAAUAUCGGUCUGUUACUGUGGAGGCAGUAUGAAAUCAACAAGGAACCACCACCGACAACCAUCGAUGUAGAUAAAUCCGAUCUAACUUUUAUGAUGUUCUAGAUACAGUGAUGACCAAACUGCGGCCCUCUGAAGUGUUUCGCGCGGUUUAAAGGAUGGUGAAGAGAAACUAUAGGUUAGCUGAGAGGGAACCUAGUUUAGUCGUGGGUCUUCGAGCAUGCUGAAUGUUUUCCUAUAUAAAUGCUGCAGAAAGUUCUGAAAGAUGAUAAUCAAAACCGCCUAUUUUACAUUAUGUUAUGAGCAGUAUUAGUCAUUGCGAACUGCGGCAUUCAAAGGGACCAAGGAACCAAUUGGGCCCGCACCUUGCC